CUACUUCCCCCUUUUGUUAAUUAAAACUAAGAAGUAAGAAUGGGAACCGUGUGGCCAGCUCCCGUGGAGAACGCUUAAGGACACCACGCCAAUUCUUUCCUUCCUUCCGAGAUGGAAAGAGGAGCUCCUAGCUCACUUAAGCCGGGGUAGGGCUGGUUCUCCUUUCCAAGCCAAAAUCCCAGGCGAUGGUGAAUUAUGAACGUGCCACACCAUGAAGCUCUUGUGGCAGGUAACUGUGCACCACACCUGGAAUGCCGUCCUGCUCCCCGUCGUCUACCUCACGGCGCAAGUGUGGAUUCUGUGUGCAGCCAUCACUGCUGCCGCCUCCGCCGGGCCCCAGAACUGCCCGUCCGUCUGCUCGUGCAGUAACCAGUUCAGCAAGGUGGUGUGCACCCGCCGGGGCCUCUCCGAGGUCCCUCAGGGUAUUCCCUCCAACACCCGGUACCUCAACCUCAUGGAGAACAAUAUCCAGAUGAUCCAGGCCGACACCUUCCGACACCUCCACCACCUGGAGGUCCUGCAGCUGGGCAGGAACUCCAUCCGGCAGAUCGAGGUGGGGGCCUUCAACGGCCUGGCCAGCCUCAACACCCUGGAGCUGUUUGACAACUGGCUGACAGUCAUCCCCAGUGGGGCCUUUGAAUACCUGUCCAAGCUGCGGGAGCUCUGGCUUCGCAACAACCCCAUAGAAAGCAUCCCCUCUUAUGCCUUCAACCGGGUGCCCUCCCUCAUGCGCCUGGACUUGGGGGAGCUCAAGAAGCUGGAGUAUAUCUCUGAGGGGGCUUUUGAGGGACUGUUCAACCUCAAGUACCUGAACUUGGGCAUGUGCAACAUUAAAGAUAUGCCCAAUCUUACCCCCCUGGUGGGGCUGGAGGAGCUGGAGAUGUCAGGGAACCACUUCCCAGAGAUCAGGCCUGGCUCCUUCCAUGGCCUAAGCUCCCUCAAGAAGCUAUGGGUCAUGAACUCACAGGUCAGCUUGAUUGAGCGGAAUGCUUUUGAUGGGCUGGCCUCGCUUGUGGAACUCAACUUGGCCCACAAUAACCUCUCUUCUUUGCCCCAUGACCUCUUCACCCCACUGAGGUACCUGGUGGAGUUGCACCUACACCACAAUCCUUGGAACUGUGAUUGUGACAUUCUGUGGCUAGCCUGGUGGCUUCGGGAGUACAUACCCACCAAUUCCACCUGCUGUGGCCGCUGUCAUGCUCCCCUGCACAUGCGAGGCCGCUACCUGGUAGAGGUGGACCAGGCCUCCUUCCAGUGCUCUGCCCCCUUCAUCAUGGAUGCACCUCGGGACCUCAAUAUCUCUGAGGGUCGGAUGGCGGAACUUAAGUGUCGGACUCCCCCUAUGUCCUCUGUGAAGUGGUUGCUGCCCAAUGGGACAGUGCUCAGCCACGCCUCCCGCCACCCACGGAUCUCCGUCCUCAACGAUGGCACCUUAAACUUUUCCCAUGUGCUGCUCUCAGACACUGGGGUAUACACAUGCAUGGUGACCAAUGUGGCAGGCAACUCCAACGCCUCGGCCUACCUCAACGUGAGCACGGCCGAGCUCAACACCUCCAACUACAGCUUCUUCACCACGGUCACAGUGGAGACCACUGAGAUCUCGCCUGAGGACACAACGCGGAAGUACAAGCCUGUUCCUACCACGUCCACUGGUUACCAGCCGGCAUAUACCACCUCUACCACGGUGCUCAUUCAGACCACCCGUGUGCCCAAGCAGGUGGCAGUACCCGCGACAGACACCAAUGACAAGAUGCAGACCAGCCUGGAUGAAGUCAUGAAGACCACCAAGAUCAUCAUUGGCUGCUUUGUGGCAGUGACUCUGCUAGCUGCCGCCAUGUUGAUUGUCUUCUACAAACUUCGUAAGCGGCACCAGCAGAGGAGUACAGUCACAGCUGCCCGGACAGUUGAGAUUAUCCAGGUGGAUGAAGACAUCCCAGCGGCAGCAUCUGCAGCAGCGACAGCAGCUCCAUCCGGUGUAUCAGGUGAGGGGGCAGUAGUGCUGCCCACAAUUCAUGACCAUAUUAACUACAACACCUACAAACCAGCACAUGGGGCCCACUGGACAGAAAACAGCCUGGGGAACUCUCUGCACCCCACAGUCACCACUAUCUCUGAACCUUACAUAAUUCAGACCCAUACCAAGGACAAGGUACAGGAAACUCAAAUAUGACUCCCCCUCCCCCAAAAACUUACAAAAUGCAAUAGAAUGCACAAAAAGAAAAAAAAAGACAGCAACUUUUGUACAGAGUGGGGAGAGACUUUUUCUUGUAUAUGCUUAUAUAUUAAAUCUAUGGGCUGGUAAAAGAAACAGAUUAUAUUAAAAUUUAAAAACAAAACAUCAAAACAAAACUAUUUUCUAACUUGUAAGUUCUAUUUAAAGGGGAGUGGGGUUCUUGGAAAUGUUGUGGGGUAGAAGCCACAAGUCAACUUGCUGUGCUGCCAGAAGGGAUUUCUGGCAUAAGGUUGAAACUGCUAAGAUAAAACAAACUAAAACCACCACCACCACCGACCCUAAAGAGGUAGAGUGUGCGCUGCUGAGGGGCACGGGGGAGACUGAAUCUGUCAUUGUUUAGAAGAUCCUUCAGAGGAUGCAGGAAUACCCAUUUCUAUAGACACCUUUCCUAAGCUGAGAGCUAUCUUUGCAGAUUUACUUUAUUUAAAAAAAAAAUACAAAAAAAAAGCACCAAGAAUUUGUACCCUGCCAAAAUGUUGAGAGGCAAUAAUUUUUUUCCUCAGAGGCCAAGGGGAAGAUAGAUCUGUAAUGUUUUUCUAAACAGAAAAGCCACCCAAAUCCAAAUGAAUCUUUAAAGGAGCUGAGUCUUUAUGUCUGCCCACGUGCACAAGUCCCCUUGGUUUGUGCACUGGGGCAUGCGUGUGCCCCGCCUGACAGCACUUCAGGAAGGAGCAGAGAAGGAAGGGGUCUGGCGUAGCUCUCAGUCAAAUGCUUUCACAUUGCACCAGAUUCCUGCAGUUGGGCUUAACCCACUCUGUGCAAGGCAUGUGUCUAUUUAGGGUUUCCCAUGAGAAGGAGGCGGCCCCUGAAGGGGGUGCGGCAAGAGAGGGGGGUGGGAAGGGAGAGCAGGAGCAGAAAGAAUAUAUUCACAGGAGGCCAUAAAUUAGCAUUGUGCCAUGUCCACCUGUUGUUCCCGGUAUCUGACAAAUGAUUGUAGACGAUGAUGGCAUUUUAUGAUUUUUAAAAAAGGUUUUGUUUGUUUUAAGGUGGAGAGGGAGGAGAGGCUGGGAGUGGGGAGCUUGGGGGAGUGGAAGCUUUUCUCAUGCUUGUGAUUUGGUGACUAUUCUAAAUGCUGAUUCAUUAGGGAUUAUUACAGCUGAUGUCAACUGGUUGUGGUGAUGGGGUGGGGGCAGAACAGGAGUACAGAAGAGACAGGAGAGAGAAAAAGGGCACAGGCUCAUUUAAAGUAAAAUGAAGCCUUUCCCAACAGGAUGCUUCUCCUGUGGGACGCAGCACAAUGGGG